AUGCCGUUUAGCAUAGUAAAAGCAACAUGGGCUUUUUCUUGUCUCCUGACGUCACACACUGUGCUUGCGCAAUCCUGCUGGAGAGACACUGUGUGCGACGGCCCUACUAAGGCCGCCUUCCCAGGCCCGUGGGACGCCAAUAUCUACGCCCCAUCCUCGCGCACCAUCCAACCCAGCUCUAUCCUCUCUCUCGCCAAUGCCUCCGUCAUUUCAUCAUACCCAGGCACGGCCACACUCCAAGGAAAUGCCUCGGCACUCGUGUUCGACUUCGGCCAGGAAGUGGGCGGCAUUGUUCACCUUUCCUACAACGCAACCGGCGCCGGCACGCUCGGCCUGGCCUUCAGCGAAGCGAAGAACUGGAUCGGGCUCAGAUCAGACUCGUCCAACGGCCUCUUCGAAGCAGGCGACGGCGCCAUCUACGACGGCCCGUUCGACUCGGCUGCCACAAGCCCCCGCUCCUACGUCAUGCCCGACGAGAAGCUGCGCGGCGGCUUCCGGUACCUGACCCUCUUCCUGCUCACCAACUCCAGCAGCACCAGCCCCGCGAGGAUAGACGUCGGAAGCAUAAACCUGGAAAUCUCCUUCCAGCCCACGUGGGCGAACCUGCGCGCCUACCGGGGCUACUUCCACAGCAGCGACGAGCUGCUCAACCGCAUCUGGUACGCGGGCGCGUACACGCUGCAGACAAACGCGGUCCCCGUGCGGACGGGCCGCGCGUGGCCUGCCUUGAGUGCCGGCUGGGCUAACAACGGCACCCUCGCGAACGGCAGCACGGUCAUCGUGGAUGGCGCGAAGAGGGACAGGGCGGUGUGGCCUGGUGACAUGGGUGUUGCGGUGCCGGCGGCGUAUGUGAGUACGGGGGAGUUGGAGAGCGUGAGAAAUGCGCUGGAGGUGAUGUUCGAUUAUCAGGAAGCCGAUGGUGCCAUCCCGGAAGCGGGCCCGCCGCUGCUGCAGAAGGGGAGCGACACGUACCAUAUGUGGACCAUGAUCGGGACGUACAACUACGUCCUCUACAGCGGCGACCUGGAUUUCCUGGACCUGGUUUGGGAGCGCUAUCUCAAAGCGAUGGACUACGUCUACGCCAAGGUCGACAGCUCCGGCCUCCUCAACGUCACCGGCACCCGCGACUGGGCACGAUGGCAGCAGGGCUGGAACAACACCGAGGCGAACAUGAUCCUCUACCACACCCUCACCACCGCCGCCACGCUCGCCUCCUGGCACGCCAACACCACCACCACCGACCCCACCCCCCUCACCGCAACCUUCCUCACCCGCGCCUCGCGCCUCCGCACCGCCAUCAACACCCACGCCUGGGACCCCUCCGCCUCGCUCUACCGCGACAACGCCACCCAAACCACCACCCUCCACCCGCAAGACGCCAACGCCCUCUCCCUCUACUUCUCCGUCGCCCCCACCAACGACACCACCACCGCCACCUCCAUCUCCACCGCCCUAACCAACAACUGGACGCCGCUCGGCCCGGAACCCCCGGAACUCCCCGGCAACAUAUCCCCCUUCAUCACCUCCUUCGAGCUGCGCGCCCACGUCGCCGCCCGCCGCCCCGACCGCGCCCUCGCCCUCAUCCGCCGCACCUGGGGCUGGUACGCCAACCACCCCGACGCCACGGGCGGCAGCACCGUCGUCGAGGGGUUCCGCGUCGACGGCAGCUUCGGCUACCGCGCCGAGCGCGGCUACGGUGCCGACGCCAGCUACGUCAGCCACGCGCACGGGUGGAGCGCCGGCCCCACGGCCGUCUUGACGGAAGGGGUGGUUGGGUUGGGCGUCGUGGGGCUGGCGGGGAGGCGGUGGAGGGUCAGGCCUGCGUGGGGCGAUUUGGGGUGGGCGCGGGCGGGGUUUACGACGGGGUUGGGGAGGUUUGAGGCGGGGUGGAUGAGGGGGGCGGAGGCGGACGCGGGUUCUGGGGUGGGGGAGGGGGAGGCGACGGUGGUGUGGUGGUGUGCGCCUGAGGGGACGGAGGGGGAGGUUCUUGUGGAGGGGUUGGGGGAGGUGCGGGGCGUGACGGUUGAGGUCGAUGGGGAGGAGCUGGUUGGAGGGGUGGAGGUCGGGGCGGGAGGGAGUGUGAGGGUGGAGGUGGUGGCGACGGGGGGGAAUUAUACCAUGGUUGUGAGGUGA